GCCACCAGAUAAAAGGAUGGCAGCGAAAGUCGACCGCCAGUCGAAAGACAGGCCAAUCAAACUCGAUCGCAACAAAAGCUUCAAGCGCUUUGUGAAGAUGUCUCCGAUCAACGUUCCCAGCUCACCAAGAAGUCCCGGUGGGGACUCUCUGAACGCGUGCGUUCUUUGUUUCAAUGACAUCGACGUCUACGCAGUUGGCGAGUGUGAGCAUCCACUUUGUCACAAAUGCUUCGUAAGACUACGAGUAUUGUGUGAUGAUGACCAGUGUCCCGUGUGUCGGAAUCCGUUACCAAAGGUUGUGUUGACUGACAAAUUGAAACCAUUCUCUUCAUUCUGUUUACAUGAUCGUGAGUAUGACAAAAAGCUGGAUGCUUACUGUGUUAGUGAUGAGAUUCGGCACACUUCUCGCUCUUUGCUCAAUCACAACUGCCCCAUUUGUCAGCGCACAUUCACACAGUUUGAACUGCUUCGAACCCAUGCACGGAAGGCACAUGAACGAUUCUAUUGUGAUCUGUGUGUUGGGCACUUGACUCUUUUCUCUAGUGAGAAAAAAAUGUACAGUCGGCCAGAUCUGGUCAAACACAGACGCGUAGGUGAUACAGAUGACACAUCACAUCGUGGACACCCUAUCUGUCAGUUUUGUGAUGAACGUUAUUUUGACAAUGACGAGCUGCUUGUUCAUCUUCGACGCAAUCAUUUCUUUUGUCAUUUGUGUGAUAAGGAUGGUAGACAAGACUACUAUGUGAACUAUAGUGAUCUAAUGCAGCAUUGCAAAGAAGAGCAUUUUGUGUGUGAGCAAGGAAACUGUGCAGGAGAAAAGUUCACUAAUGUGUUUAGGAGUGAACUUGAUUUACAAGCACAUGAUGUGAAAUUUCACAAGAAAGGAAAGUCUGCAAGAGUUCUGCCAAUUGAGGUGACUUACAUCAGUGGUAGGCAGUCAGUCAUAACAGUUGAAGACUACGAGGAUGUAAAUCAUAGUCAUCAGUCUAGUAGUGCUGCAGCUUCUGGUCAUCGUCAACUAGCACAGCAUAGACAAGCCCCUAUCAGUCAAUUGCCUGUUGCUCGGGAGAAUGAGCAGAGAUCUAGAGCAAGUGAGCUGUCUGCUAGAGCAAAGGAACGUGAAGCUGCCAAACCUCAGAGAAAAGCAAAAGAAAAGCAAGAAACUCGAAAGAGUAAAGUGAACAAGCAGACUCUGGAACAGGACAAAUUCCAGCCAAAAUUGAAUCCUCCUCCAGGUUUUGGUGGUGAACUGAGUCUUCCUGCAUCUGUUAAAAAUGAUACUCCGAGUCCUCUAGCAGAAGAAGAUUUUCCACUUCUUGGUGCUACAACAAACCAGUCAAGUGCUAUUCCAGAGCAGUGGAAAUCCAGAUCACUUCAAGACUUUCCAGCCCUUGCUUCAAAGAGAGACAGUCAAUGUGUGGAUUAUGGUAGGUUUAGUAAGACAGCUAAGAAGCAAUCUCGCCCACCACCUGGAUUAUCAGCUUCAUCCAAGAGCCUACCCCCAGGACUGAGUCAAUCUGCAACAAAUGUUUCAACCGCAGCUAAAGAGGCAGCAGACAGAAAUGAGGCUCUGACAAUGUCCAUACAAGAGAUAUUAGACAACGACAGUGCCAAAUUCUCUCAUUUCCGGAUGCUGUCUGCUCAAUUUCGGAAUGGUUUAUUAUCAUCUGAUGAAUAUUAUAGUUCAUGCAUUUCUCUUGCUGGAAAGAAGAGAUUCGAGAAAAUAUUUCCUGAGCUGGUGGGGUCACUGCCUGAUCCUGUGAGAAGAGAAGAGCUGAUCAGCGCCCACAAUAGGGCCACUGCAUUUAUGCAGCGAUCUGACUUACCCAUACUAGGCAAUUGGGGAUCAAAGAGCAAGAAAUAUUUGGAGGAGUUUCCAGCUUUAUCGGCUGUACAGACUCGUGCUGUCUAAUACCGUAGUGACUGCUGUAGCUGAAGAGUUGGUAUCAUCGAAGUCUGAUGCUUUAGAAAUGUUGUGUAAAUCUACUUCUUCGUCCCCAAAA